AUGGCUGGGCCAUGGUUGCUGCUUCUCCUGGCCCUUGGGUGUCCAGCUCUGCCCACAGGUGUGGGCCAUGUGCCCUUCCCAUCACUGGCCCCGCCCAUCACGCUGCUGGUGGAUGGGAAGCAGCAGACGCUGGUGGUCUGCCUGGUCCUGGAUGCCGCACCCCCUGACAUCGCCAGCCCCAUCUGGUUCUCAGCGGGCAAUGGCAGUGCCCUGGAUGCCUUCACCUACGGCCCGUCCCUCGCCACAGAUGGCACCUGGACUAGUGUAGCCCAGAUUUCCCUGGCCUCAGAGGAGCUGGCAGCCUGGGAACCCUUGGUCUGCCACACGGGGCCUGGGGCUGGGGGCCACAGCCGGAGCACACCACCCCUACAGCUGUCAGGUGAAGCUGCCCGGACCAGGAGCUGCCUUCAGGAGCCUCUUAGAGGGACGGCUGAGCAGGCCUUGUGGCUGGGGGCACUGCGCCUGCUGCUCUUCAAACUGCUGUUGCUGGAUACACUCUUGACGUGCGGCCGCUGGGUGCCCCGCUAG